AUGCCGGCCAAGCAACAGCAGAGCGUCAAGGGAAGCAUUCCCACCAAGGACCAGAUCCUCGUCCCGGAGACUCUGCUCAAGAAGCGCAAGAGCCAGGACAAGGAGCGCGCCGACAAGGCCGAGGAGCGUGAGACGAAGAAGAAGGAGAGCAAGACCAAGCGCCAGCAAAUCUUCAAGCGCGCCGAGUCUUACGUCAAGGAGUACCGCGAUGCCGAGCGCGAGAAGAUCCGCCUGACCCGCGCCGCCAAGAAGGAGGGCAGCUACUACGUUCCCGCUGAGGCCAAGCUCGUCUUCGUCGUCCGUAUCAAGGGUAUCAACAAGAUCGACCCCAAGAAGCGCAAGACUCUCCAGCUUCUCCGCCUCCUCCAGAUCAACAACGGUGUCUUCAUCCGCCUCACCAAGGCCACCAGCGAGAUGCUCAAGAUCGUCGAGCCCUUCGUCGCCUAUGGCUACCCCAACCUCAAGAGCGUCCGCGAGUUGGUUUACAAGCGUGGCUAUGCCAAGAACGCCCAGAAGCAGCGCAUCCCUCUCACCGACAACGCUAUCAUCGAGGAGCACCUCGGCAAGUAUGGCAUCGUUUGCAUGGAGGAUCUGAUCCACGAGAUUUACACCGUCGGCCCCAAUUUCAAGCAGGCCUCCAACUUCUUCUGGCCUUUCAAGCUCAGCAACCCAACCGGUGGCUUCAGGCCUCGCAAGUUCUUGCACUUUGUGGAGGGUGGCGAUCUCGGUAACAGGGAGGACUACAUCAAUGCCCUCAUCAGGCAGAUGAACUAG